UCACGUUAUGCCGUUUCCAUAUCAAUCUCAUCUGUCUCUGACUUUGUCUUUCUUUCUCUCGAAUGCAACGCUCCGUUAUGUCAUGCUGCGUCUCUCGGCACGUACGGUUUCAUGGAAUCGUCAUUGGUUGGGCAAUCUGUGUUAUCAAACACAACCCUGAAUGCCCUCACCACAAGUCUCCUGACAACUGCGGCCCUUUUCCGGAUAGCGAGCAAAAAACAGGUGAUGAAAUCUAUACUUUUCGGUGUUACUCAGAUUGCACAUUAGAUCUCGUGUAGAUCGCAUGUUGAUAUUUGAUCUGGAUGGUACGUCUGCCGCAGAGCCUCAACUCUCAUUCAGCCCUUUGCUAUAUGAGUUGAAGCAAUACCCCAUGUUAGCCCUUGAUUACUGGAACUGGCUGCCUAGUCUAUUGUGUCAGCGCGUUGCAUUCCAACUAGCCCUUUACAGAGUUGCUGAGCCCUGAAGCUACGUAUUCUUGUUCCGUUAUCGUGGAUGACAUACGAGUGCCGUGACUUUUCUUUCUCGUUUCUAGAAUAUCCUGACUCCGCGGGCCGAUUUUUUGAUAACUGGGUCUUCAUUGAUAAGUACCCACCAUGUUUGCCCUAGGUACUUUUCUGUCAUGCUCAAGAAGCGGGUCUAUUGUCCAUGGCUGUUAAUAGCAACCAUGAGUAAAAUAGAGGCGGUAAACAAUUGUAAUCUCUAUGCGUUUCCAAUGUUUUGAUACUAUGGAUAGCUGCCAAACAUGCUGGUAUACAGGGUUAUACUUCACCACUGAUUAUUUGAUACUAUUUUUGCCUAGCCAUGCCCAGACUCUUGCACGGGUUGUUCAACAUCGUGCCCUCUAUUAUUAGGCUCUUGAUACACGAUCAUGGAAAGAUUGUUUCUAGGUUGUUUGAAGAUCUCGUAGAUCAGUGAAACGCAAACUUUCUUUCACAUGGUGUUUUAGUUUGAGCUUGUUCGCCGCAUGCUGUGUUACUAUUGUUAGUCUCUUCGCUUUGCAAGGUUGCCCCUAAGUUUGUAAGUCAGGGUCUUCAGCUGAUACAUUUGUCGACGAUCAACAAUGCAGUUACAACAAAGCUUGACCACGUGUACUAUUGUACUCGAAACACCAAAAAAGCCUCGCUCUUCACCGUUCCACCCAGUGGCUCAGAGUCUUGGCCGGCCAGUCACUCGGCUCGGCUCGGACUUGAAUUCGCAACGGUGGCGUCUCUACUGAUUGAACCGUUCAGACAGUAUGAGACCGUUCGGCGCCAUGGUUGCAAUGCUGUCUGUGCAGCAACGCCAGUUCAUCACUUCAAUUCGUCCAGGAUACAGGGUGCGAUAUGGUUCCUAUGAAGCAAUACAGGAUGAAGCUGGCGACUUACACCGAAUGACUCAACCGGCGGCUUACUAGGCACAAUACCAUCAGGAAAGACUACAGGUUUCAAUAUUCAGACAGCUCCUUCAACUUCCAAAUUAUUCCGUAAAAUUCCAAUAGCUAGCAUACAGCAAGAAGAAUUAAUAUGUAAAUAUGUGACCUCCCACAGUGAAAGAUUGUGAUGGAAAUCAAUUACGUCACGGAACCAACUACCUAUUCUCUGCAUGACUGUGGCACUUAACUACAGUCAAUACAACACACAAACUGCAAUGUCGACCACCAACAACAACCCUGAAAACUACGCCCUCUUUCGAGACUGUUUGUCCACUACUCUCCUUCAGCCCGCUUCUUCGGCCCCGGACCCGCCCAAACGCCGUCGGCGUGGUAAGAACACCGGUGCUCCGCUCGUUGCAUCCACCCCGGACCCGGACCCGGAGAAGGAUGCCGAGGAACUUGCUGAAUUCGCCGACUAUCUCGCUACUGAGAUCUUUGACAAUCUCCCAGAGGAGCUGCAAGAUCUCGAGUAUCGGACAUGGCGAGAGGACGAAGCGUUACAGGAGCAGUACUCUCUCCCACUCACUAGAGACAGCCUUUUGUUGUUCAACCUACCACCAUCUGUCAUCGAGACCCUCACAACUUACAACCUUAUUUCUGCCGAUCCCUAUGUUGAAUCACAUCUCCCGUCCUCUCCAGAGUCAUUCCUCCUUCCCAUUCUCACCUCGUACAUAACUCCUCUCAUUGAGCCACCUCCCGCUACACGUUCAACUCGGGCUGACGCGUGUGAGCUAUGUGCCCGAUCCUGGGUUCCUCUGUCCUACCAUCACCUCAUCCCGCGGUUCGUGCAUGAAAAGGCUGUUAAGCGAGGAUGGCACCGUAAAGAAGAUCUGCAGAACGUGGCGUGGCUGUGUGGUGCCUGUCAUCGCUUUGUUCAUCACUUCAAAACGCACGAGGAGCUGGCACGGGACUACUACACUGUUGAGCUGUUGCUGGAUGAGGAGGAGGUUCAAAGAUGGGCUAGCUGGGUUGGUAGGUUGAGAUGGAAAGGAAGGUAGUUCCAAGCAGUGACUUUCACGAGUAACGAAAAGAAGGGAUCAUUGCAUCAUACAAAGCGUUCUAAGAUAGUGAUAUUUCAUGAAUUUUAUGGACUUGUUGAAUAUUUAUUGGAGCAUAGUAUCAAUUCUGAACCUUUCUUGCCUUGUGCUGAGCAGC